AUGAACAUCGCCAACUUGUUGUUUGCUCAUUUUAUAAUUCAAGUACUAUUAAAAUAUACACAAAAGCAUGAAAUAGGCAAAAUUCCAUAUGACAAGCUAGAAAGGGAAUUGCCUCACACGUGCGCCACUUGUCACUUGUGGAAAGGUACUAAGUUUUUGUUAAUCAUAGUUAUUCAAGAAAUAAGCAUCCUAAAAGAUGACGAAUUAUUUUUAAAGCAAUGUUCUUUUAUUGAAACUGCUUCAUCCCUGAAAGCUAGAUGGAACCCAGUUAAUGGUAAAGUUCAGUCGAGUACGUCAUGGGUUUUUGAAUGCACUUUGGAUUAUAACGACAGCGUUAUUUGGUACAAGCAUGUAAAAGAUAUAACGAUGAAACUUGGUUACAACGAAGUUAUAUAUCCGAACUUAGCUGGGGGCAUAUUGAAAGCUGAUAAGAAAAGUGAAGAUAAAAUUGUUAACACGUGGUCUCUGCUUCUAGUGGGUUAG